UGGUGCAUGAUGGUACACAGCAGUACACAGCACAGAAGCUGAUGGAAGAAGUUACAGCCUCUGUGAACUCAUCCAGACUGUUAGUAGCUGUCCUGAAAACAUCGCAGUCUGUGCAGUCAAAGCACAUUAGUAUUUAUCUGCACCGUUGGAGGCGGAGUCUCUUUGAGUGUGAGUUCUGUGUCCGUCACAGCAGGUCAGGUGACACGAGCAGCUCCAUCUGAUUGGACGGUCCAAAGUUCACACGCUGGUUUCUGUUGAUGGAGGAGAAGCUGACGGACAGAGCGAAAAGGGAACAUCGAGGUUGCCAUGGACACCACCAGAGCUCGGCUGAGACAGUCUGCCUCCGUGGGCGUGGUCGAGGAAGACGAGUUGGGAGGAGCUCAGAAGGUAGAGAUGAGCUUUGUGACAUCAGAAGAGGAGGAGGAGGAGGAGGAGGAGGAGGCGGCAAGGCCCAGCAGUGACAUCACAGCAUUGGUGCGGCAGUAUCGCCAUGUUCACCAGAGAGCCAGCUUGUUGCUCUGCGUGUGCGUCGUGGUAGUGGUCUUUGCCACCGGGUUCCUAUUGGCCUACGCAGUGUUCGGUGGUCGGUACCACUGCUACCUAGCAGGGGGGCAGGGUGAGGAGGAUGAGGAGCAAGGAGGCAGGGCUAAUCCACUUGCGGAAGGAGGGGCGGGGCUUUACCUGGGAGAGCUCAGGGUUAUGAUGAGGAGGCUGCUGCAGGACGAAGACAUCGUCAACACAGUCAGUCGAGUCAGCAGAGCUGAUCAUCCUCCAGGUUCCACGGAGGGAACCUCUCUGGCCUCAGAGAUCCUGCGGCGCUUCAGGCUGCUGCCAAUGGAUCACACCUGGACCGAGUCUCUUUACGCCACGCUGCAGUUCCCCCACAGGUCUCAGAGGAGCUCUCUCUGGCUACUGGAUUCUGCAGGAUGGAUCGUGGAGCAGAUUCCUCUCAACCCGUCUGACUACUGUCCGUACAGCGCCUCGGGAAGUGCCACGGGCUGCUUGGUCUACGCCAACUACGGCCGCCCUGAAGACUUUAAGUGGCUGGAGGGCGCCGGCCUGUCCGUGGCCGGAUGCGUGGUGGUGAUGCGUGUCGGGGGCGGGGUCACCUUUGCAGAGAAGGUCUGGUUGGCUCAGAGGAGCGGGUGCGGCGGAGCUUUGAUCUACCCCGACCCCGCAGACUUACCGCAGGACCCCCGACGACUCGGCCUGAACGCAAACACUGCUGUGUCUGAACACGUCCACCUGGGUUCAGGUGACCCCUUCACCCCCGGCUUCCCGUCCUUCAAUCACACUCAGUUCCCCUCCAUCCAGUCCUCCGGCCUGCCCCUCAUCCCGGCUCUGCCAAUCAGUUCCACUGUGGCCGCCAAGCUUCUCAGCCAGCUGUCGGGGGCGUCCUGUCCUCCGUUGUGGCGCGGCAGGCUGCCGUACGUGCGCUGUGCAGUCGGUCCAGAGCUCAGUGCCGGACACAGAAUCUCGAUGUCGGUCCACAACGUCAUGACGCCAGUUCUGCUGAACAACAUCUUCUCCUCGUUGGAGGGCAGAGUCGAACCAGACCACUACAUCAUCCUGGGAGCUCAGAGGGACUCACUGGGUCCAGGAGCUGUGAAGUCUGGAGUUGGAACAGCGAUCCUCUUGGAGCUUGCUCGAACCUUCUCCGCCAUGGUGAAGAACGGUUUCAGUCCCAGGCGGAGUCUCCUAUUUGUCAGCUGGGACGCUGGAGAUUUUGGGAAUGUUGGAGCAACGGAAUGGCUGGAGGGCUACCUGUCCAUGCUCCACCUGAAGGCCGUGGCCUACUUCAGUCUGGACCAGGCGGUUAUGGGUGACGAUGUGCUGUCAGCCUACACCAGUCCUCUGCUGGUGGACCUGCUGGACGCUGCCAUCAGACAGGUGGAGCAUCCAAAACAUUUAGGUCAGAGCAUCCACAGCCAGGCGGAGAGAGAAGGAGGCAGCUGGAAGAUCAUCAAGCCCUUGUAUCUGAACAGCGGGGCGUACAGCUUCACAGCGUUUGCAGGAGUUCCGGCGAUGGAGCUCAGAUUCUCGGAGGAGCGGGCGUACCCCUUCGUCAACACCCCGCUGGACAGCGCCUCCCGCCUGCAGGAGGUUCUGGGGGGUCGCGUGGGGCUCACAGGGCGGAGUUUAGGCGAGCUGGUGGGCGAGAUGGUGCUGCGAUUGGCUCACGACCACAUCCUGCCGCUACGCAUCACUUCCUACGCCGACACGGUGCUGCAGUUCAGCGCGCAGCUGAACCGUCACUCUGCAGAGCUGCAGUCCAGAGGUUUGUCGCCUCUCUGGGUCUUCAGUGCCAGAGGAGACUACAGCCGAGCAGCUGAGACACUGCAGAGAGCCAUUGAGUACAGCGACCUGCACGACCCGACGGCCGCACGCUACUACAACACCCGUAUCAUGAGGGUGGAAUACUACUUCCUGUCUCAGUACGUGUCCGUGGUGGAGUCGCCGUUCCGUCAUGUGAUCCACGGCCGUGGCGACCUCACUCUGAGCGCGCUCAGUGAGCACCUGACCCUGCUGACCUCUGACCCCAAACGCUUUGACGAGAAACGCUUCAGACGACAACUCGCCUUCUUCACCUGGACGCUGCAAGGGGCUGCCAACGCCCUGAAGGGGGGGGUGUGGAGCAUACACAACACGCACACUGGUGCACGCUGAUACACACUGAUGAACACAACACGCACACUGGUGCACGCUGAUACACACUGAUGAACACAACACGCACACUGGUGCACGCUGAUACACACUGAUGAACACAACACGCACACUGGUGCACGCUGAUACACACUGAUCAACACAACACGCACACUGGUGCACGCUGAUACACACUGAUCUUUAUUCUGUAUUUUAUUCUAUUGGCAGAUUUUGUAAAAAUACUUAUUAAAUAUUCCCCUCUGCAAGAA